CAUUCAUUCUAAAUAAUUAUAUUUUGAAACGAAGAGAACACAUUUCAUUUUGAGUAAAAUACAAUAGCGGUCCUUAAACUUGUCAUGAGGUUUCACUUAGAUCCACGAACUUGCAAAACGCAUAUCGAGAUCCCUAAACUUGCUUUAUUGUAUCAUCCCGGUCUAAAAUCUAGUUUAACCGUGGUCUGACCUACGUGGCACAGGCGUGCCACGUGGACGAUGAGAUUGGAUUAGUGGGUGCUACAGCUCCUGCACGCCACUGUCGUCACUCCCUCUGUGCGUCGUCGCUGCCCCCUCCGUGCGCCGCCGUCACUCCCACUGCCUGCUGCCCCCUCCCUCCCUCUGCGCAUCAGCGCCGCUAUCAGAAUCCAGACAGCAUUCAGAGGCUUCCUGGUAAGCAAUGGGUGCUCGUGUCCUAGCUCUGCUUCAAUGGAGUAAUCAUGCCAUGUGUUUGUGCAGGCGAAGAAGGUGCUGCGAGCGCUCAAGGCGCUGGUGAAGCUGCAGGCGCUGGUGCGUGGCUUCCUCGUUCGCCGGCAGGCCGCCGCCAUGCUGCAGAGCAUGCAGGCGCUCAUCCGCGCGCAGGCCACCGUGCGCGCCCACUGCACCGGUGCCGGUGCCGCUGCCAACCUCCCGCACAUCCACCACGCUCCCUUCUGGCCUCGCCGCUCGCUGCAGGAGAGGUGCGCCACCGACGAUACGAGGAGCAAGCACGGCGUAGCGGCGUACAGCCGGCGGCUGUCGACGAGCAUCGAGUCGUCGUCGUACGGGUACUACCGGAGCCCCAAGAUCGUGGAGGUGGACAUCGGGAGGCCCAAGUCGCGGUCGUCGUCGUCGCGGCGGGCGAGCUCCCCGCUGCUCGACGCCGGGUGCGCGAGCGGCGGCGAGGAGUGGUGCGCCAACUCCAUGUCGUCGCUGCUGCCGUGCUACCUCCCCGGCGGCGCCGCCGCACCGCCGCCCCGCAUCGCCGUCCCGACGUCGCGCCACUUCCCGUACUACGACUGGUGCACGCUGGAGAAGGCCCGGCCGGCGAUGGUGCAGAGCACGCCGCGCUACGCGCACGCGCCGCCGAAGCAGCGGCCAUAGCCGCGUCUGCCGCCGCUCCUCAUCCCUCCGCGCACCAAAGCCGCCUCUCCCUCCCUUCCGCCGCCUCUGCUGCAUCUGCCGGUCGCCGUGCCGCGUUGUCAUCGUCACUAACCAUGGCGACCGGAUCUGGCGACCUCGCUGUCCUCGUCGCCGCCAUGGUUGUCUGACAGUCGUGAGGAGAGUGGAGAGAGCUCGAGCUUGCCGAUGGAGAGGGGAGAGAGAGUUCGAGCUUGUUGUCCUCUGCCACACGGAGCUCGACGCUACCGAUACCGUCGCCCUUCGCCUAGGAGUUCGUCGGGGAGGAGAGAGGCGGCCCGAUCUGCGCAGAGAGAGAGAGAGAGAGAGAGAGGAAAGGCGACGCCACCAGGGAUGGGAGAGGCGGCGCUGCCGCCGGUGGUGAGCGGAGUGGGAGGGGAGGCGUCGGUGGCGUCAGGCCAUCUCCGUCGGUGGGGAAAAGGAGGUGGGGAGGGGAGGAGAGGGGAAGAAGGAAGAAAAAAAAUAAAAAAAAAUCUAUGUCAUCGUCCAUGUUGCGUGCCACGUAGACAAGACCACGAUUAAACCAGACUUUAGACCAAGAUGAUACAAUAAACCACCAAGUUUAGAGAUCUUGAUGUGUGUUUUGCAAGUUUGUGGACCUAAGUGAAACCUCAUUACAAGUUUAAGGACCGCUGAUGCAUUUUACUCUUU